AUGCCAAACCUGCCUCUGCAUUUUAAGGAGGCAAAAGGCAAUACCACAGAAUUCACUGAAAAACUGGCUGGCUAUUCCACCGGCAACGAAUCUCGAGAUUAUUUUCGCAACAAUGAACUUCCUGAGCCAUUGUACAUCAAGGUGCCCAUAAAACUGGCAGACGAUUCUGUUGGAGAAGAGCUUCUACCAGUGAGCUUCCUGAUCAAGAUGCAUGCCACUUUGUUAGAGCUCAACUUCCUGUUCAAAUUUUCUAGGUUUUCAGCUAAGUCCUUGGUCAGAGAGACCACCUAUGGAUGGUUUUUGAACUGCAAGGGCUACAACGCUCGAGUGGUAAGCGAGUGGUUGAUGUACAAGCUGAUCGAGGUCAAUCAACAGCCUGAAUUUCAAGUGGGGGAGAGCGCUGACGUUGGUGAGAUUCCUUUGUGGGAUUGGAGAGCCAUCAACCGAUACUUUGGACUAACAGAGCGCACCUCAAGGAAGUUGAGCUUUGUCAGCACAAUCACCAUCAUGGCAUCGUCCGUGGCAGAGGGACACUGUAUCAAGCGUCUGAAAUUGAACGAGCUGGGAGAACCUAUUUGCUGGCUUAUCGACAGCUCAAUUCUAUGA